CAAAUUCAUAUUAUUGCAGUGCAGUGUAUUAAUGGUUCUGUUAUCUUUUAACCGUGAAUUGAUAAUAUCACUGGCAGCCUGUGGGUGGGAUAGACAUGUGUCAGAACUUUCUCUAUUCUUCCAUAAUCUAAUCAUCAAUCGUUUAAUCUAAUAACAAAUCAGUAAGCGGCACCGUGUUUCUAGCCUUCAAGGCAUUUCACAAUCCACUUCAAAAACGAGGAAAUGGAGUCAAUUUGUUAAAUUUUCCACAAUUCCAAAGAUAAUUUUAUUUUAUUUUGGUCCCAAAGUCUGCAAACCGCAUGUUUAUCUGAGGCAGUGAAAUCGUAUUAUAUAUAGUUGCCUCUACUCUAAAUUUUUGUGUCACGAUCAAUCAUGAAAUACUUCGAGGAUACCACCACAUUCAAAUACAGCUGGGACCAAGUUGUGACUGGAUUCUGGCGUAGAUAUCCUAAUCCAGAAAGUUCCCACGUGUUAACAGAGGAUACACUAAGCAGGGAAUUGAAAGAAAACAAGCUCUACACAAAACGGAUGUUGACUAAAACCAACCGACUGCCGAAGUGGGGCGAGCGUUUUGUCGGAAACCGCGUUGUCAAGAUUAUUGAGGAGUCGAUUCUUGAUUUGCAGAACAAGACAUUGGUCACUUACACCCGAAAUAUAGGAUAUUCAUCAGUCAUGAGUGUUGUUGAACGGGUUGAGUAUAGAGUGGACACAGAUAACCAUAACCAAACAAUUGCGGUUCGCUCAGCGUGGAUUGAUUCCUCUGUGUUCGGUUUUGGACGAGCCAUACAGUCCUUUGGGCUUGAAAGAUUCAAGAAAAAUUGUGGAAAGAUGGUUUCAGGAUUCAACUUUGUCUUGAACCAACUCUACCCAACUCAUGAAACGCAACUACCACGAGAGACUGUUAGUCAUAGUAAAGACCGCCUUUCUGACGCUGCAAACAAGGCUAAAAGUAUUGCAAAAUCAGGGCCUUACUAUGCCUCUUGUGCGCCAGAGAAUUAAAAUAAUGGGAUUUUCCCCCUGAAUCGUAUUUUACCCAAAGGAUUUUAGUGCUCUCAAAAAUCAAGGUAACAUUGUCCAUUUCUAGUCUGGUCUCAAGCCACCAAUUUUUUCAUUUUUCCUGAAAUAAAAUUGCAAUAUCACUUGGCUAUCUUUCAAAUUCAUGUUGAAAAGGCAAUUGAUUUAAUUUAUAAUAUUUUAGUAAUCCAUUUGAUUUUAUGAGUGCACUAAAUCCUGCUCUUUUGCAUUCAAGGCUAAAUCAAGAAGUAGGUACUUGGUUUUUUAUCAUUAGUUGUGGAACUGAGAAGAUGUUCCUCAAUACGAGUGUCUCAAAAUUUCUGAUUUAGGCCUAGUAUUUGUAUUUGUAUUUCAAGAGAAUUUUUCCAUUAAUUUUGUGCAUUACCAGAGAAUAUUCCUCUAAAAGUCAAAGAUAAAUCACAUGAAAUUUUUCGCCUUAUUGAUGAGUCACCUAAAUAAGUACAAUAUGACAAGGAAUCUGCACUAACCAAGGUUCAUAUAUUCUAGUUCCAUUGUCAGUCUGCUAUGGACGAAUUUGUUUAGCUUUUGAGUACUAUCAUGCCCCAGAAGCAAUGUGUUCUUGUCAACAUAGCCUUUAUUUUUUGUUCCUUGACACUUAAGAAAAGUCUUCGGAUACAAUCCUGAAGUGUUGCAUUGAAAGUAAGGAGCACAAAUAUUGUAAAUUGAGGAAAAAAUGAAAUUUUGAUGAUUAAUUUAAUGCAUCGUCAGAUACUCCUUUCAUAAAAGCUUAUGAUGAAAAAUUCAUCUGACAGCAUGACAGCAUUGGUGGUGCAGGGUUUUCUAGCAACCUCUCUCUGACUAAAAGCUUUCAACGAUCACUAAGUCCUCAAGGAUGAUUUUCUUUCUCUUGGAUUACAAGAGAUAAAGAUUGAAUCAUUGUCGUUUUGGAAAUUUUCAAUCAAAAAUAUUUUCUUUUUCUUCCAAGCUGACACUAACUCGCGUAUGUGUAAUAGUAUGAGAAAAUAUAGGUGUCUCAUCUUUACAUAAUGAUAAAAUUCCUUGAUUAGAGUCCUUGUUUUAUGUUUCUCACCCAUUCCUGUAUUUUAUAAGGGUUAUGAGCGUAUUAGAUAAAAAAGAGGGCAUCUUCAUUCUGCAUUUUGAUGUUCAUGAAAUAAAGUUAACAUCAUUCAGCCCUGUUGUCAGGUUACAGCAGUCUGCUUCGUCAAUGAGGCAGUUGAAAUCUUUUAUCUUAUUGAUAUCAUAUAUCAGUAAGGCAUGUACAUUUAUGUAUCUUUUAUCAAGAUAUUCAGUUGAUAAUCUUGUCCCAGGUGUAACAUGCAUAUUGAUGUAAAGUGUCUGAUCACUGCCCCCUGAUUUGCUCAGAUACAUCGUCAUUUCAGUUCUGAUCCUCCUGAGUUUAUAUUUAUUCCAUUCCUAAAACAUUGUAACUGCUGUCCAAUAUUCAUGGUGUCUACAUGGCUGACAAAACGAGAAAAGUCAAAGAAAUCAAUUCUAACCACAAAUCUCUGAGAAUAACAUGGCAUGGAAACUGGAAUUAUUUCUUUUAAAUUGAGUUUUACAGUCAUAAUGGAGACAGUUUUACAAAUGGAUGUAUUUAUGCUAAAGAGAACUAUGUGAGCAUGAAUGAAAUCAAAGGGAUGCUUUCAAUGAUGCAUGCAAAUCCAGUGCAUAUAGUUCCUUUUGAUUAUUUCUAUGCAGCUCCCUGGAGAAUAAAUACGUUCAGAUUUUAACUGUGUCCAGCCAAAGUGAGAGCUUUCAGAUUAAUUUUUGAAAAAAAGAAAUUUGAAUUUGUUCCUUCUUUUUCUGCGCAUUUAGAUCAUGGUUCAAAAAUGUCAGAAAAUGUUUGUUACUUCAGUUACAAAAUACUUGGAGUAGCAUAAUAAUUGUUUUUCUUUUAAUUUGUAGACACCCUGAUUUUACAACAGCUAUGCCUUUGUAAAUUUCCAUUAUGUUACAGAAAUAAUGAUAGUAAAAAUUUGGUGUAGGAACCAUUGUAUAAUUCUUUAAAAGCUCAACCAUAUGAAUUAACCAGAGUUUAUCAGUCAGAAUCUUUAAGGAGGAUUGUUCUAGCGUCAGGAUUUCACACACUUACAUGCAACUGAACGACAGUGUAUGAAAGAAUCUAAAGGAAAGAGAGUGGUGCUUGCUUAUCUAUUUGGUUGAGUGAUCGGUAUCAUUUCUUUUCUUAGAUAAAUCCAGUCUGUCGUUCAAUAGACCACAGAAUGUAUCAGGAGUUUAUGGCAGUAUUUCUUAUGCUUUGGGUUGGUCCAAGCCUACUAUUUAUGAAUGAAGUUGCAUCUAAAAGUUUUGUCAUUAUCAAAAGCAAUUUAAUUUAUGUGUUUAGGUCUCGUGAUUAGCUUGGCAGACCUGUUAGCGUCUCCAAUCUUCUCUUUUUUCUCCACCACUUUGUCCUAAUUUCGUUGUAAAAUAUUUCAAAUUUUUGAUAUUUUAUGCACUAGACCAUCAAGCAUGGACUCGAAGUGCCAAAGGUUAGUCAAUUAUUCAGCUGGACAAAAGAUUUGCAAUGCGGUUGCUGGUUGUCUGACUAAUUUACAUAACUUAAUUCUAUCCGUCUAGUUUUGUCCACCAGGCUAACACAAUUUCAAUGAUCGUUUUGUUGAUAUACUAACUUACAUUCCCUCCAUGAAUACUUCAAAUUUUGAUUUGAGAACAUUUUUUGGCAACUUCAUGAGAUGGAAGUUUCAGGUUUUUACCUCAUAAACCUUGCACUAAGAGCACUAUCACAGAUUAUCUGAUACAUUCUGCCCAGUUGUUUUAUUAUUUUAAGGUUAACUAUUAUUGUAACGUGUACAGUUAGAGUUAAUACAUUUUCAACAUUCGUUAGCUCAUAGGUGUGUAAUUAUUCAGUGGUACCCCUAGGGUUAGGCUGGAAUCGCAUGUGUUAGUUUUUUACUGCGGUAGUCGUUUCUCUAGAUAGGUCCCUUUAUGCCAUCAUGAAAAAAAACUUAUUCUUUUUUUAAACCAAUGAGCUUGCAUCCACCUUAAUUUUUGUUUUCUUGUCUGGAAUUUUCCACUAAUGUCAGACAUGAUAUGCUCUACCAACAAGCUUGAAGAUAAGAACGAAUUCAAAGUGAAGUUCUGUGCGAUCUUUUUGACAGACUUGAUUUAUAGUAGCCACAGCGCUCAUUCUUUAAAUUUUUCGUUCGGUGCUACUAGUUGGUCUCAAAAGAAUGUAAGAAUUUUUUUUCUCUCUUUUUGAGGUUGGUUUGCUGUUCCUCUUGGGACGAAAGUGAUCGGAACCUUCGAGAACCAAAUUAUGAAUUUUAAAAUUUAGAUCACAGGGCAUAAUUUGUUAAAGAUAUUGUUUGUUUCUGUGGUAAUCGUAUUUUGAUAUCUCUCAAAAAAAGCAUGCCCACUUGAUAAUUCAUGUCACCGCUUUUGGGUAUUAGCUGACGAAACUUGUAAAUGCGACUUACAACUUUCUUGCUGUGCAAAAAAAUUUCAAGUUGCGUCGCUGCUGUUAUUUCUCGAAGUUUUAUGCAAUCGUUUUCACUUUUGUUACCUUCCUUUUUCAUGUGAUUUGUACCUGCAUUGAGUGUUGGCCUUUAGGGCCUGGCUUUGUAAAUAAACUCGUUUCAACAUGA